UAUUGCCCGGUUUUUAGUUCGCCUUUGUUAAAUUGUAUGUGUUGUAUGUCAAUACAUACGUAUGUCACAAUUAAAAGUCUUGUAAAGUAUCUUUUUGUAUAGACCUUUCUCCCCAAAUCUUCAUGGUUCUUACAUGUUAUUCUGCUAAAUCGUUAUCACGAAGCACAGUGGUUUUAAACAGUAAUUGUUACCAGUGUAACAUUGAGAAAUCACUAUUACAUGCUAAGUGUAAUGUGUUAUUUCUGCUAAAACCUGAACUGGUUUUUUUUUUUUUACAUCCAAAAUGUAUUUGAUCUCAUAAUUUCAACUUAAUCUGUUGUCUAGUACAUUUUCUCUGCUCCCUCAAUGUGGUCAGUAGAAUAAGGGUCUCGGCACUUUGAAGAACAUACAGUAGCAUAAAGUAGCAUCAAAAUAGUUCAAAUGUGUAUAUGGUGUUUAUCUUCUUUUCUCUCUGUUUUAGAUGCACAUAUCAAUCUGUGAUUCUGCCUCAAAGCCAGCACUGCAGGAAUGCACAACAUGUUGCAGGAGACUCUUUCACUGCCCUCUGUGCCCUACUGUCAGCCCUACUGUCAGGGCAAAGAUGGAGGAACAUAUAAAUGGACACAUUAAAAAUGCUUUGCCUUUCAAAGACAAAAUUAUAUGCCGGUGCAGGCUGCCAUGUAGGAGGACAGGACACUUUCACUGCCCUGUCUGUAACAGGACAAUUAUACGGCGCUGGGAUAUGGCAAGACAUUUAUUAUCAUGUCAGCAUUCUUCAAUACCAAGUCAGCCACCACUGUCAGGACUGCUCCCCGCUGCACUCUCCGAGGAGCCCCGUCUCCCUCCCGCUGCACUCUCCGAGGAGCCCCGUCUCCCUCCCGCUGCACUCUCCGAGGAGCCCCGUCUCCCUCCCGAUGUCCUCUGUCCAGUGUCUAAACAGUCUUCUGAACCAUUGGUAGAACAUUCAUAUGCUCUACCCUCUGUGCUGAAUGAAACUGUGGCUUAUGGGAAGUCAAUAAGAAUGAAAUGCCCUCACUGUGGUCUUAGUCUUCUUAAAAAAAACUUAAAGGCUCACAUGAUGAGGAGGCAUUCAAACAGAUCACUGGAUGUUUACCUGGCCUGUCAUCUGCAGUGUGUUUGUGUAGAUGAGACUACUGGCUUAUUUGCUGUGCAGAGAACUGGCCAUGGGUUUUCAGUGCCAGUUCACGUUCAGAGGAAAACAUGGGGGAGAUCUCACAGUGUCAGAUGUGAGCUGGAGGAAUGUCAGCAAUAUCAGUUGCUGGCUCAGCGGAGCGGACUAGGCUACAGUUUAUGUGAGCACAUUCGCUCACUAGAUUACUGUAGAGAAACUGUGAAAGAGGUAUUUCUUCAAGAAGCUAUUUUGAUGGAAAUGGUGGUCCUGAAAUUCUUCGGAAAGGACAAGGCUGCGGCAUGCUUAAGGAGACAGACAGCUGCCCAGAUGACACAUGUUCCACUUUGUGUGAGGGUAGAUUUUGGUGGAUCCUCCUCACAGAUAUGUUUCUCUGUACUUGAGCCUGAAAUACACAGUUUCUGCCGUCUUGGCAGAAUAUUUGUGACUUACAAUGCUCAGAGGAAUACCUGGCAUUGUGCUUGUGCAAAGCCACGAAUAUCAUGCCCUCAUAAAAGCAUUCAAGGAUUGUCAGCAUGA